GCGGGUACUUUAACAAGAGGGUACUAUUUGCCGUAAAUUACGGUAUCACUUCUCGCGAAAUACCCAAGUUUCAAAACAAUCUUCAAAAUAAUUCCCAAAACAGUAGUUCUAAUUUUUCACAUACUAUUAACCAAGUCGAUCCCUCAUACACUGCAAAUAUUGAAAUAUCUCUAACCGAAGGUGGAAGUAGUGGAUUUUCUAUUGAUGGACGUUCUACACCUUCAAAUUCUUUAAAUGCAUUUCAAAUGUCGAUAUUAUAA